AUGCCCCUACGGCCUCAUCGCGACUACUACGCAGUCCUCGGAGUCCAGCCAACCGCAGACUCUGGCACUAUUAAAGCAGCAUAUAGGAAGCUAGCGCUCACCAAGCACCCCGACCGAAACAAGGAUGCUAAUGCGACUGCGGAGUUUCAGCUGAUAUCCGAGGCCUACGAGACACUGGUCGAUGAGACGAAGCGCCGAACAUACGAUUCCAGCAUAUGCAGUCAACAUACCUCUGCCUCUGCUUACGCCCGCCCUCCCACUCCCACCCCCGCUUACGCACCCCCUACUCCUGCCUCAUCGGAGCAACCACCCAUAGAGACCUGGAUAAAGAAAGAGAUAGCCAGUUUGAAAGCCACCGAGCAGCGCGCCCACAACCAGCAGCUCAGCGCCCAGAGAACACUAGAUGAGGCCAGGGAGAAACUAGUCCGAACGCAUGAAGAGCUCACAAAGAUACUCGAGGAGCAAGAGCGGAUCACUCGCGAGAAAGCCGCGGACGAGCGGUGGGUGGUCACUUUCACUGCAUCUCUGCUACGACACAGGGGGGAUAUUGCGCGGCGGCAGAAGAGGCGGGGUGUGGAGAUUGCCGCGCUUGAUGAGCGGUUAGGUGAGAAAAACGGGGAGUUUCAGGAUCUGUUACUUGAGAUUCGGGCGCUGGAGCAGAGGGUUUUUGUUACAAGAGCUAUGAGGGAGAAGACUAUUUCUCAGAUGAGGAGGUUGCAGAGUGGGGUGGUCUUUGAGUUUGAGAGGGUGAGGGGGUGGGCGUGGACGUAG